CUUGCUGACGUUUACGCACUGCCCCCUCCCCGCCGCCGAGUGACGAUGGCGUCCACUGAGCAGCAGUCCCUGCUCGACUUGACAGAUAAGGAGACACGGGAGAAGCUGUCACUAUGGGACAGGGGAUCGGACUCCACGGCCGCUCUCACGGACAAGCAGACGGACUCGGUGCUGGAGAUCCGAGCCGCAGCUGAGACGCUCGCUAUCCCCUCUGAGUUACCCAUCGAGGACCUGGGCAGCCUUUCAUCUCGCCCCCUUCAGUCUCCUUUCACUGCCACCGUGCCCCAUUCGACAGAGGAUGUUCUCCACAAAGGCUUCCAGAUGCUUAAAAUGGAUAAUGAACGGAUAGAGACUGCACAACAAUUUUUUGCCUGGUUUGCCAAGUUGCAAGCCCACAUGGACCAGAAUGAAAGUGCCAAGUACAGGCAAACACGAGAUGAGCUGAACUGCUACCAGGAGCAGUGUGACGCCAUCUUGAAAGAUGUCAGUGCUGCUCUGGAGCAGCUGGAUUCCCUACAAAAACAGUACUUGUUUGUAUCCAACAAGACAGGAACUUUACAUGAGGCCUGUGAACAACUUUUAAAAGAACAAGCAGAGCUUGUUGACCUUGCAGAAAACAUACAGCAGAAACUCUCCUAUUUCAAUGAGCUGGAACACAUAAACAAGAAACUGAACUCCCCCAUUUUGUCUGUAAAUAAUGAAGGCUUUAUACCGAUGCUCUCCAAACUAGACGACUGCAUUGAUUAUGUUUCUUCACACCCUAAUUUCAAGGACUACCCUGUUUACCUGGCCAAGUUCAGGCAGUGUCUCACCAAAGCCAUGCACCUGAUGAAAGUCCACAUUGUAAACGCAAUGCAAAACCUCUCAAGCACUUUAACAAAAGGGGAUCCAAUGGGUUUGGCAAAUGCCGACAACGCCUUUACACUUUACUAUGUCAGAUUUAGAGCAGCUGCACCCAAAGUUCGAUCACUUAUAGAACAAAUAGAAAAGCGGGCAGCCAAGAUUCCAGAAUACCAUCACCUGUUGGAUGAAAUCCACCAGUGUUACCUGGACCAGAGAGAGCAGCUCCUCAGUCCCAGCAUUACUUCCACCAUCACAGAUCUGACCCAGCAGAACAGCAAAGAUCACUGUGCCCUGGUCCGCAGCGGUUGUGCCUUCAUGGUUCAUGUGUGCCAGGAUGAGCAUCAUCUUUACAAUGAGUUCUUUUCCAGGCCCACACCAAAACUUGACGAGCUUCUGGAGAAGUUGUGUUUGUCUCUGUACGACGUUCUGCGCCCUCUAAUCAUCCACAUCAUCCAUCUGGAAACGCUGUCAGAGCUUUGUGGCAUCCUUAAAACCGAGAUGCUGGAAGACCACGUUCACCACAACGCCGGCCAGCUGGGAGCCUUUGAUGCACUGGUCAAGCAGAUGUUGGAGGACGUGCAGGAGAGACUCGUCUACAGGACUCACAUUUACAUCCAGACGGACAUCACCGGCUACAAGCCCGCCCCGGGGGAUCUCGCCUAUCCCGAAAAACUGGAGAUGAUGGAGAGAAUCGCUCAGAGUUUGAAGGAAGAAGAGAUGAAGCAAACGUCUCAAGCGGCCAGCUUUUCCGAUGUUCAGCUGGAGGAGUCAGACGGGAGGCGAAACAGUAACGCGGGGAAAACAGAGCCCUCCCGUAUGCAGGCAUCCGUCUCACCUGCCGAUUUGCAUGGCAUGUGGUACCCGACGGUCAGGCGGACGCUGUUAUGCCUGUCCAAGCUGUACAGAUGUAUUGAUAGAGCAGUCUUCCAAGGUUUAUCUCAAGAAGCCUUAUCUGCUUGCAUCCAGUCCCUGCUGAGUGCCUCUGAUAGCAUCCUUAAGAACAAGACGCAAAUAGACGGGCAGCUUUUCCUGAUCAAGCACCUGCUGAUCAUGCGCGAACAGAUCGCUCCAUUUCACACUGAUUUCGCCAUCAAGGAGAUCUCGCUGGACCUGAAGAAAACGCGAGACGCUGCCUUCAAAAUCCUAAACCCCAAGGCUGUUCCUAAAUUCUUCCGGCUUAACAGUCACAACGCCAUUUUGGAAUUCCUGUUGGAGGGAACCCCCGAGAUAAAAGAGCACUACAUCGACUCCAAGAAAGAUGUGGACCGGCACCUGAAGUUCAGCUGUGAGCAGUUCAUUCAGCAGCAGACUCAGAUCUUCACGGGGAACCUUGAGGAGUUUCUCACCAAGGUUGCAGAGCUGAAAAACACGGCCAUUCAUGGCGGCCCUGCGUAUACGCUGUCCAAGCAGCCGUGGGCUCAGCCCGCAAAGAUCAACGAUCUAGUGAUGGCAACCUACCGGGUGAUGAAGAACAAGCUGCCGAGCACGCUGCAGAGCAUGUCCUUGUACUUGGCCAACAGAGACACCGAGUUCAUCCUUUUCAAGCCUGUGCGGAAUAACAUCCAGCAGGUAUUCCAAAGGCUACACACUUUGCUCCAGGAGGAAUACAGUGGCGAAGACCUCCAAAUCAUCGCAUGUCCGUCAGCAGAGCAGAUUAACCUGCUGCUGUCUGUGAAUAAGUAAUGAUUUGAAGGCUUCUGCUUGUGAUGUCGUACAUUCAGCUGCGAGACUGAGGGGGCGACAGGAACUACACUUGGAGCCGAUACAGCCCAAAAGAGCCAAAAAUUUAGUGUGCAGAGCUGCUCGGCAAGUGUGGAGAUCUCUCAAUUUUGCUUAGUUUGAAACAUGGAGGUGUAAAAGAAGCGGGUCGCAUCUCACUUAACAGCAAAUAGUAAAGGAUAAAGUGUACUUGCUUACAAAAAUGGUGCUGGGCCAGCGGGAUGAAUAUAUUGGAGUGUUCAGACGAGGACACUUUGGGUGUGUGAAUAGGGGAGCUGGAGGGCUGUUCAUCAGUCAUUUAGCUAACGGCCAGUCAGGCAGCUCGCCUUCCGAUUCCCUCGAUGGCCAUUGGGAGGAAAAAAACGGGGGAAAAAUGCUGCAAAAACCUUUGAUUUGCAUAUUUUAGCACAGUGCUUACAAUGUAUAUUAAAAAAAAACAAAAAAACACUAUUUUGCCUGUGCUACAAAGUACUCAGGUUUGUGAUCAUGGAAAAAUAUGUACAGAUGUAAAAAGGACACAUGCUAUGUUUUUUACUUGAUUUUCUUUUGUACUAAGCUUAAAGUUAAUAUUACUAGAUGGGGAAUCAAUUAUAUGUACAGUUGUAAUAUUUAUGAAUAUUCUGAUUAAAAGCUUCUUGAUAAAUAGAAUUUGAAUGUUAGUGGCUAAUGAGACUCUGCCCUAUAGGGAGUCCACUUGUCAAACGCACUGUUUCCAUUUUGCACCUGCGCCGUGACCUUGUUCGGACUGACAGUCCGUAAUCCGUGCGGAGGGACCGGGCGGUCCGGAGCGGAUGUUGAUCUCUGCACGCCUUUGUGCCCCAAACCCCCUGACUAAGGCUCGUCAGGUCUUUGUCAUGUGACACUUUCGGUUUAGCUGACAUAUCAACGUGAUAUAACAAGGUAAUGAUGUUUCCUGCCCUUUGAAUCUACUCAAAAUCCACAGCUGGAGCUAAGCAAUGCAGCUCUUCAUGCUUUUAUGACAAACGCCUCCAAGGAGCAAAUUCUCUUAAAACUGAAACCUGUAUUGGGUUUAUAUAUAUAUAUAUAUAUAUAUAUAUAUAUAACUAGAUAUAAUAAUAAACUAAUCCCGUGGCUCUUUUCAGACUUCUGCUGUGAAUUCAAAUUUGUUUAUAUCUAGUAGACGUUCAAUCCAUUUGAACUGGGCGGGCUCGUUCGCUGCAAGACUUCCCAGUUCAAAUAGAUUGGAUGUCAAUCAAUGGCAGCCACUGAGUUAAUAUCACUUUUUCUGCAUGAAGGUCAAAGGUGAAAUAAUCGAAAGAAAAGUCAUUUCACGACGAUGUCAUGUUUUUUCCCUAAUGCAGUGUUUUAAAAGUAUAUUUGAAUCCUAUUUUGCUUUGAAAUUUUCAAUCCAGGGGUGCAAUUUUAAAUUUAUCGUUUGGAAUUGUCUGUAAAUAUUAGGUAACUUUGCAAUUACCUUUAUUUCACAGUUUUAUCCGUUACCAAGAUAAUCAUCUGCUUUCAUCAACGACUACAGAAAUUGGAGAAUGUUUACAGUUUACCCGCUUUUUAAUUGACAA